AAGUGACACACAUCCGAUGACAAACCUUUCCUUAUAACACAAUUUGAGUUUAUCCAAUAUCAUUAACCUAAUAUACUACAUUUACCUAAUCCAAUUUUUGUGGGUCCCGUUUCCUCCUUCUAUGUAAUUUAUUUAAGUUAAUCUUUGCGGAAUAAUUUGAGAGAGAGAAAUAAGAUCACUCAUCGGUGAAAUUAUUGUUCAACAAUGUCUGAUGUUUCGUUAUUGUUUUGUGCUCUCUUAGGGCUCUUGGUUCUCACUCAUGCACAUCAACAUGAGAAAAUUGGAUUUUAUGAAUUGAAAAGAGGAAAUAUGAGGCUUAAUUUGACAAACUAUGGUGCUACAGUUAUAUCUGUUAUAGUUCCUGAUAAACAUGGGAAUUUAGCUGAUGUUGUUCUUGGCUAUGAUUCCAUUAACUCUUAUGAGAAUGAUACAUGUUACUUCGGUGCCCUUAUUGGGCGUGUGGCAAAUAGAAUUGGAGGAGCUCAAUUCACUUUGGAUGGCAAAACAUACAAAUUGCCAGUUAAUGAUCAUGGGAACACACUCCAUGGUGGCACCAAAGGGUUCAGUGAUGUUAUAUGGACAGUAAAAUCUCACCGGGAAGACAAUCAUAUAACAUUUACCUACGACAGUUUUGAUAAUGAACAAGGUUUUCCUGGAAAACUUGAGGUAAGUGUGACUUACAUGUUGUUUGGAAGAAACUUAUUGGGUGUGAAAAUGAUUGCCAAGCCAAUAGACAAAGCCACACCAGUGAAUCUAGCACAACAUACUUAUUGGAACCUAAGAGGCCACAACAGUGGUGACAUUCUAUCUCACAUUGUUCAGAUCUUUGGUUCAAAUAUCACGCCAGUAGACAAUAAUCUCAUCCCAACAGGAAAAGUUCAAUCAGUGCAAAACACUCCAUAUGAUUUCCUUAAACCAAAAAAAGUUGGAAGUCAAAUUAAUGAGCUUCCUGGUUUAUAUGACAUCAACUAUGUGUUAGACAAGAAUAGUCAAAAUCACUUAAGUAAGGUUGCUAUGGUGAGAGAUCCUGUCUCAGGAAGGAAAAUGGAGUUGUGGUCAAAUCAACUUGGAGUGCAGUAUUAUACUAGUGGCAUGUUGGGUGAUACCAAGGGAAAGGGUGGAGUCAUAUAUCACAAGCAUGCUGGAAUUGCUUUGGAGACACAGGGUUAUCCUGAUUCAGUGAAUCAUCCUAACUUUCCUUCUCAGAUUGUACAUCCUGGAGAGACAUACAAGCAUUACAUGGUUUAUAGAUUCACAGCUAGCUAAAUUUAUUUGUGACAUUCAGCACAUAGUGAUUUUUAAUUUUUCUUUUUUGCUUAGUAGUUAUCAAUUUAUUUUUAUUUUUGGUUGUUUUUUUAUUUGAAGACAAUUGUUCUAUGGUUUUUGUUUUAUUCACUUCAUUGGUAGUAAAAGAGAAAAAGUAAUGUGUGUGAUUGUGGUUUCAUUGGUUGUGAACCAUCAUAAAAGUAACCACAUAUUGUGGUUUCAGUGUGUCAACGAAAGCUAAAAAUGACCAUGCAAUUGUAUUUUUUUUCUAACAAUUUGUUAUGUUCUAUUGAGGAUGAGGAUGAAUUUCA